AGAACUGGUCUGUGGAGCUUUGCCUGUAUAUUGUACUGGGAGACGCUGGCAUGUGAUUCAUUCCUCUGGCUCUGCACAAACAUGAGUGGCCCCUAUGAGAAGAAGAUGGCCGUGUUGACCGACCUGAGCACCUCGUGCCACCCUGUGACCAAGGACUCGCCCACCCUGCCCGAGUCCAGCGCCACCGAUAUGGGCUACUAUAGUGGCCACCUCUCUGCCGGCCAACAUGACUUCUUCCCCACUCAGACUUACUCCCCUUCCAUCAGCAGCUACGGCUACCCCCACCCCCAGUACAACUUCAAUGGGCUUGUGGGCAACGAGGGCUACUUGCCCAAGGACGACUAUCAGUAUGGAGCCGGGUACCGGCCGUUUGCUCAUUACAGAGAACCCCCAGUGCAGGAGACAGUAUCAGUGAAGGAAGAGCCAGAAACAGAAGUCCGGAUGGUUAAUGGGAAACCUAAAAAGAUCCGGAAGCCAAGAACCAUCUAUUCUAGUUACCAGCUGGCCGCUUUGCAGAGAAGGUUCCAGAAGGCCCAAUAUUUGGCUCUGCCUGAGAGAGCAGAACUGGCCGCCCAGUUAGGACUCACUCAGACGCAGGUAAAAAUCUGGUUCCAGAACCGAAGAUCUAAGUUUAAAAAAAUCUACAAAAACGGAGAAGGCCCUGGUUUGGAGCACAGUCCAAAUAACAGCGACUCCAUGGCUUGCAAUUCCCCUUCAUCCCCACCCAUAUGGGACAAUAGUAGAAGCAGAACCCCUCAGCAACAACAGCAGCAAAGCCUUCCACAGUGCUCUUCCCCCACUUAUCUGGAGAAUUACCAUCCCUGGUAUACUCAACAGAACCAGCCUGGACAACACCUUCAGCCUUCUGAAGUUAUGCAUCAACCUCCUCCCAAUACAGUGUAUUAAGUGAAAAAAAGACACUGGCACUGAUUUAUCUAGGUGCCGUCCUGUAUUGUUUGUUUGGUUUGGUUUUGAUGAGAGUCAAAAAUUUUGAAAAACAAUGUCAGCUCAAAGUCACAGGUGCCUUGAAUUGCUUGACCCCUCAGGCAAAGUUGUUUUGAUGGACAAUACUUUGGAGACUCCAUUAUUGUGGAUGCUAAAGCCAGGCUGCUAGAAGCUAGUCUUUCUUGAACCUUAGAAGACUUGUGUUUGGCCCUUUAAUUUAUCGUUAAUGACACAACCAUUAAUGUGAUGUUCUAAAGUGCUGCUUCUCGUUCUUUUAAGCCUUUCAUGACAACCAUGGUUUUAUUGUAAAAAAAAAUGCUGAAUCCUACAAUAGCCGAGAUAAAACUCUGAGGGAGUUAUUUUUGAGACUCUUUCUUGUUGACCAAUGUCAUAUUCUGUGCCUUAUUAGGUUCAUUAGGUUCAGCGAAAUGUUCCAUAACUCUACUGAAUCAAGAUAAAAAAGGCUUCUAGAUUUAAUUCUACACCUCCGCAGCCUCAACACCUUCCAAAAAGCAACAUCCAAUGACCCAGAGUCAAAGGGUUUCCGAAAUCCAGUGCCACUCCAUUGUUGAUGGACUUCUUUCCAGAGCUGCUGUUUGUGUAACUUGGUCACGGUCCUGUGUCAUGGAAAUAUUUAAAAAAAGAAAACAAAAAAAGACUAUGGUUGGCCUUAACUUAUUUUUGUAAUAUUUUUUUUGGAGGGGGGGGAGGGGAUGUGUUUAGAAUGGGAGAAGAAGUUGGUGAGGACUAACUAUGAUUAGAAGACGUGGGGGGGACAUGUGAAGAAUGUUAUGGUGUGAAUGCAAAUAAAUUGUUCUGGUAUUUUGUUGGAGAACCAGUGGGUUUGGAGCUGGUGUACAAUAUAUUUUAGCUUGUUUCUAUGAAACUGCAUUGGUUGCAGGUUGAUAGGCCUCUCGUUGUGUCUAUAAAACACAUGCUGGCCUGGAGCAUUGCCUCUCUAUUUUUAUCCUGGCUAUAUAAAUAUAUCUAUGAGUACAUGUAUGUAACGCUGCUCAGCCAGUUAGGGAGGAUGACACAUAAUAAAGGCCAACUUUAUGCGUUUCAUGCCCCA